AUGAAUCCGGUGUGGAAAGUCUAUAAGAGCAAAGUGCUGAAGACUCUCAACCCUGAGUAUGAGGAGGACACUGCUGAAGAGGUCACAGAGAUGGAGAAUGAUGUGAGUCCCGUGCAGGAGGACGAGGGACCCAACGCUGUAUCCCAGCUGGCCAAGAAAAUGCAGGGGGCCGGGACUAAAAGCUGGAACAGACUAUCAACUCUCUUCAACAAAGAGGAUGAACACCAGCUUCUAGAGGAGACUGAGAGCCCGCCAGUCGCCGACCAUCCACUUGCAGUAAUGCCAGAGGAGCCUCCUCGUCCCACUAAGCGCCCAGCAUUCUGGGAUAGCUUUGCCACCAACUGGGCCGCCAAGAAGCAGGCGGAAGCUGCUGCCGCUGCUGCUGCUGCAGCGAACGAGGCAGCGGCGGGUCAGGGUGAGGAGGGGGUGACAGAGGCCGGAGGGGAGGAGGGACAGGGUGAUGAGAUCCCUCAGGGAGAGGAGAGGAACGAGGACACAUCCUUCAAGUGGAACUUUGUCACCAGCAAGCUGGCAGAGCUGAAGACGAAGAGCAACUAG